UUUCAGACUUCACAGUACAAAGUACUGCGACGCACGAAGUCUUCCUUAGUUGAUGGAGCAGGCUGCAUUUGAAAAGCAAAAUUUGUACUGAUACCCUACCCACUUGCUUUGCUGUCCUACACGCGUUAACUGUGUAUGGUUACUAGACGCACAAAGUGAAAUAGCUAAUAUUUCCCUAUUCGUAACGGCAAUGGCCGCUCACGGCCACCCAGUCCGUGCUACGGUAAGCUAGUCCUUAGCCAUAGCUAACUUUGGUGCGUUUUAGCAAGGACAAGGUAAAGUAAACAAGGCAUGGCAACGGGAAGUGCUCGCGAUUUAGGUGCCUCUUUUGAGGCUGUACUAGAGAAAAAGUUACUCAACGUAACCAACACAAUGGACUCCAUUCAAGGGCUGUCAACGUGGUGCAUCGACUACAAGAAGUACCACAGCAUGAUAGUGCGACAGUGGACCAAGUGCUUAAAGAAAUCUGAUACGGCGCACAAGCUCAACUUGUUUUACCUUGCCAAUGAUGUCAUUCAGAACUGCAAAAGGAAAAAUGCUAUGGUUUACCGUACAGCUUUCGCAGAUGUGCUCCCUGAGGCUUUUGUGCUAAUAAAACAAGAAAGUGAUGCAAAGAUGGUGAAAUCGGUGGAGAGGAUACUGUCCAUCUGGCAGGAGAGAAGCGUGUAUACGGACGCGCUGAUUGCUGAGCUGAGGAGCAGUUUAGUCAAGGAGGAAUCCCCACCUGUGACACCCGUGGAACAACAAACUCCAAUUGAGUCCAAGGCAGAGCUGCGGUCCAAGAUCGUUGCAGAAUUUGUGCCCCAGUCCUUGAUUGACCAGCUAGCUAAAUACAAAAGGUCGCUAGAGGACGUGGACCUACGAGAAAAACAAUUAGCAGCCAUGAGGGUCGACAUCUGCAGUUCUGAAGCCCUCAAGAAGCUAAAAGAUAAGGCAGGAGGAAAGAAGUUCUCCAGGGACUUUGAAGAAGGCAAUAUACAGUUACAAGAGUUUGUCAAGUUCUUUGAUAAACAAAACAAAGCCGGACCGUCUCUCCUGGAAGCCCUCAGCAAUGCCGAUAUCUUCUAUGAGAUGCAAUACAAAGAAGUUAAAAUUGUUGCCAAUGCCUACCAGACGUUUGCUAACCGGGUGUCCCACCUGAAGCGCAAGCUAGACAACCUAAAAGCCACCUUACCAGAUCUGGAUGAGUCGCCUCUUCCUUCACCGUCUGCAGAUGCACCAUCUCCAACUGGCUCAGAGUCUCCUUUCCGCGAUCUACAAGUGUCCAAACCUAAUUCAGAUUUGGACGGUUUCGCGAUGGAUGAUGAAGCAGAACCUCCAGCCCCAAGUCCACUGUCCUCAAUUGGCGAUUCCCCAAAACAAGUGUUGAAUAUGGAGGACAACGUUAACCGCGAAGUGGAAGAUAUGGAUUUGUCUGAGGAGGAAGUACUCAGUGGGAACAUAAUAGUUGAGGAGCCUAUAAAGUGCCCCACCUCUUUGGAGAUGUCCAAUCCCAUUACCAAAAGCACAGAGCCUUUAGUAGCAAACGCUCAGCAUGCCUCAUCUGAAGCAACCUCUGGAGCAACCCCAACAGGAAGUGUGGCUGGUGUUGACCUGGGUAAAAUUGGCUCUAUUCUCAACAGUUUAAAUGAGGCCAUGAAAAACCAAGGACCAUCAAUGGCGAGUCCCUCAGUCGAGACAAUACCUCCUGCUUCUGAGGAUACCACUUCUUUAGUUGACAUUCUGGCACAGGUGGAUAUGAGUCCUGGAGAGCUCCUUAGUGCUCUGUCUAAGGUCCAAGCCCAAGGUGGCCUUGACGGCAUCACUUCUCUUCUGAGCAGCCCUGCUGCAAAAGUCCCUGCCGAGUCCUCCAAUACAGGCAAGACUCCUUCGUUACCCUCAUUCACCUCAGCUUCAGGAGCCCCCAAUCAGAGUUCCACUCCCUCUUCUGCUCCACGGGGGUCUUCUCCACCAUCAAAUGCCACUGUACAGCAGAGCCAAGCCUCACAAAUGCCUACUGAGAACAUGCCAACCACUGUCCCGUUUCUUGAUAUACCUAGAGACAUGAAUAUGACAGCAAUAACAACAGAAACACCAAACAGUUUAGAAUCCAAAAUUCACAAUUUUCUUCAAGAUAACCCUUCCUUUAACACUUUCGACCUCGGUUUCACCUUAAACUUACCUAAUAAAAUGGAUAACUUGAGCCCAGCAACAGGGACGGACACGCAGGAUGGAACGCCGGUGCGUGAUGAGGGCGGAGGCACCCCGACCCAAGAUGAGGUCAUGGACAUACCAGUGGGGCUCCCAAACUCUUUAAGUACAAACCCAGAAACUGUAAUGCCAGCUCCCUUUGCUUUCCAGGCGAAACCGAAUCAAAACCCAGACACAACCAACCUGCAAGGCCACUUGCAGCCAAAUGUAGCUCAGAAUGGGCAGCUGUACCAACCAUUCCCAUUUAGUAACAAUAAAAUGUCAGAUCCUGUUGCUCAAUAUCCGAACAUGCCUAUUCAAGGUGGAGGUCCUCCAAGCCAAGGCAAUGCAGGUAACACACAGACCAUAGAGGGCUUUCAAGGGAUGGCUAAUCAGGGUUGGUAUGGUGAGACAUACCCAGAUGGGAACUUCCAGCAACCCAGAGGAUACAAUCAGCCCAUGCCUGCUAAUAACCAGACAAGGACAUUUGAGUUCCAAGCAGAAAAAGCUCAAGAACCUCAGAGUUUCCAGCAAUCUUCAGAUUUCUUUAGCAACCUCCUUCCUCCUGUUCCUAAGUUACCUCCCCCUCCGAAUCUUCUUCCACCGAUUCCUCGUUCAGAGGAGCUGUCAGCACCCCAAUCGGACACUUCUGAACCUUGCCAGAGUAGUGUCAUGCCCAGGAUGGUGGUCCACGACCACGGACACAAGUCAGCGUUUCACCCAGAUGAACCAUUGUACGACGAAAACGAUGAGCAGCUCUCAACCCAGGAUGACAUGCAUUACGAAGAGGAAGAUGAGCAUUACCACCCGGGCCCUCGGUUUCCGAACAGCCCUUUCCCCCGGCCCGAAGUUCCUUUUUACCAUCGGGGCGGCCCUAGGCAUAACCUCCCCAGAGGCCGUGGGCGCUUCACAUCCCCACCCUCGCGCCCACAUGAUGCUUUUAACAAUCAGGAUUACCAGGAACAGAGCCCCACUCGGGGUCACUUUGCGCCCAGACGGCCACCACCUCCACAACGGUUCGAAAUGCGCCCCCCUGGCAUGCGACCUCCGUUUCGGGGUCCCCGACCUGGCCCCCACCCUUUCCCCAGGGGUCCUCCACGUGCACCGUUUCUUAAUUUUCAGGGGCCUGAUCCAAGACUAAGGGGCAAACGACCGGGUCCUAGAGGAGGUCUAGGUCCUAGAGGAGGUCUAGGUCCUAGAGGAGCCCUCAAUCCUGGUCCCAUGUUCGCUCCCAAAAGACCCUUCCUUCCCCCAAGAUACUGACUGUACAAUUCUGAAAGGUCAGAAGUCAAACAGCUAAAGGACGCAGUCACUCCAAGACUGCUUUCAAGUUGACAAAGCAAAAAAUAUGUCGAAAUCCCUCAAAAGACUUGGAAAGAGAGCCACAGACCCCACCUGGAAAGAAAAGUCCCAGAAGAGUACUGAAGACAGAAGAUGAAAGAAAAUAAGAGGGCCCCCACAGCCACACUUUGAAGUGUCACAUGUGAUGGGAACCUUUUUCGGAACGUCGCCACAGAUGCAGCAGGAGUUCUUGACUUGAGGAAAAAUAAGAAAUCGGGACACUUGUAAGUUAACUUACAUAUAAUUGAUUUGCAAUAGGUUUGUGAAUUUUGUUCUUCUUUUUUUUUUUUCUAGUUCUAUUUUUUUUUAAUUUACAAUAGUUAUAAGUAAUGUGCAGCCCAGAGUAAAUCUACAGCACAUUCCCCUCCAAGUUGUUUUUUUGAGAUGAUAAUGCGUUUUAACGAAGUGUGUAAAAAUGAAGUUGAAUGUUUUACUUUCUCACGCUUUUUUUUUUUUUUUUUUCAGGGUGAAGACUGCCAUUUACUAGUACCGAAGAGCAUUUUGACGUUCGUGUUAAUAUAGCUCCAACGUUGUCAUUGAAGAGUGUGCAAAGCGCAUUUUCCAGGAAAUGCGUCAACAGGAAAGCAAAUUUGAACAAAGCAGUUUUAGGAGGACUAGCUACAGUGGGAGAGACAUGCUGCACUGUAUUUGGCAGUAGCUGGACCACCGGCUUAAAUCUUCUGUUGUGUCAGAAGAUAUUCAUGCUGGAUAUCGACAAUUGAUGAAGCUGUGUGUAAUCAGCUAUAAAAUCUAUACGCCACCUUUGUAAAUGGAAACCCAUUUAAAAAAAAAAAAUUGGCAAGAUUUCGGUUUUUUU